AUGUCUGUUCGAAUGGAUACGACGCUCUACAGUGAGCUGAAUCGCCUCGAACGCGGUGACUUCCUCCUUUUUCACUGCGUGCAGCUCUCUCAACACGAGCGCGAUGUGCAGCGAUACUUCUUUGGGUGCUACUUCCCGCGCUGGUGUGGGUUCUACGUGGAAGAGCUGCGGGAGCUGCCCGGUCCGUUGGGCUACAAGGUGCAGCGCCACUUCCCCGCCUACCCCUUUGACGUGUACCUGAAGGACGAUGGGGAAAACUUUCUCACGGACGACUUCCAGGAGGGCUCCAUAUUCACCCUGGGGGCCCCGCAAAAUCAACGUGAUGACGGACCGAAACGGUACAAGGUAGUACACUGCGAUGAUAGCCGCUUGCGCACACGUACGGGCACAACACUCGCGGCAAUUGGCAACGACGUCACGACGACGCUGAAUCAAACGCACCGCGUGCCUGGCGAGGCUGUAGAUCUCCUGCGUGAGAUUAGAGAUGCGUACGUUGUAUAUGCUGGCAAUGGUAUUCCUGAGAUUGGUAUUAAGGCCAUGGGACGCCACUUUCGCCACGCCAGUGAGGAUGGUAAGCGGUGGAUGUCGUUGGAAAGUAUUGCAAAGUUUGUUCGCGACUCGCGUGCCUUCGCCACCACGCUUUCCUUCCAUGACACGCAGCAGACUACAUUUAGAAUUGACGCCAUUGCCAAAUGCAUUCAUGAGGCUUUUCCACAGAACGAAGACGGCUGCAUUGACUACGAUUUUUUCAUGGAUUACGUGCGUGGCCCGAUGAGCCAGAAGCGAAAGGAUGCCGUAUGGGAAAUAUUCCGCAAGUUGGACUUUGAUGGAAACGGCUACCUCAACAUUUUGGACAUCCAGGCCCGCUACAAUGCACAGGAGCACCCUGUGGUGGCGGUGGAGGGACUCUUCUCCGCGGACAAGCUCCUUAAGGGCUUUCUCACAGUCUGGGACGAGAACAAGCAGUACGGAUUGGUGCCAUAUACUGAGUUUAUCGACUACUACAACGGCGUGAGCGCCGUCAUCGCGGACGACGACGUCUUCUUUGAUAUUCUGCGAAACCAGUGGAAGGUGAUGCGUGACUGGGGAGGAGUCCUGGGGGGGACGCGGCGGGGGAGGUGA